AUGUAGCCAUAAAAUUAGUUUUCAUUAUUUGGGAACGUGCAAGUGAAUGAAGCUGAAUAAAAUAGUGAAGUCAAGAAAAAAAGAGAGGAAUUUGCAACAGAAAUCAGGUCCAGGGAAAGAAAUAAUAUAAUAAACAAUAAAAGAUUAGCUUAAAAUAAUUAAACCAACAAACUUCCUGAAUCUUUGCCCUUGAUACCACCCACUCUUCCAUAAGAGUUACAAAUAGCCUUAAAAACUCAAUAAGAGCAACUUAUGAAACGAACAUUUUCAUUUGAAGAUUUUCCUGAUGUUCUACAAAAGAUCUUUUCGACUGAUAUUUUGUAAUUACAUUAUGGAGUGACAGGAUUAAGAAAGAUGUUGUCUGUUGAAUCAGGCGCGCCAAUUUAAUAGGUUAUUGAUGCAAAUUUGGUACCUAAAUUAAUUGACAUGAUAUAAAAAGAACAAAUACCACAACUCGUUCUGGAGGCUGCCUGGGCUUUAACAAAUGUAGCAAGUGGAACGACUCAACAAACCCAAUCCAUCAUUGACAAAGGAGGAAUAUAUUUAUUUGUUAAACUUUUGAGUUCAUAAUAUAGAGAUAUUGCAGAACAAGCAGUAUGGGCCAUAGGUAAUAUCGCUGGAGAUUGCACAUAAUACAGAGAUCUAAUAUUAAGAGUAGGUGGAGUUGAUCCCUUGAUAACAAUAAUGCAAAAUGCACCAAACAAAAACACAAUUAAGCAUUGCACUUGGUCUUUGAGUAAUCUUUGUAGAGGAAAACCAAUUCCUGAUUUUAAGUAUGUCAAAAAUGCCUUACCUGUAUUCUGCAAAGUCAUAAUAGAGGAGACUGACCCUGAAGUAUUGACUGAUGCUUGUUGGGCCUUGUCUUAUUUAAGUGAUGGAGACAAUAGUAGAUUAUAAACUGUGAUUGAUUCUUAAGUGAUCCCAACUCUAAUUAAAUUGCUUGAUCAUUCAUCUCUACAACUAGUUAUUCCCACUCUAAGGAUAUUGGGAAAUGUUGUGACUGGAGACGAAACUUAAACAACUUAUGUUUUAAACCAAGGUUUGUUACUUAAAAUACCUAAGUUGUUAUCUCAUGACAAGAAGGCAAUCAGAAGAGAAGCCUGUUGGACCAUCUCUAACAUCACUGCAGGAAGUAGCAAUCAGGUUAGUUAAGUCGUUAGAGACUCGGCAAUAUUAGAAAAGCUCUUCACAUUGAUGACGACAGACGUUGAGGAAAUUGUAAGAGAGGCUACUUGGGCCAUUUCCAAUUCAACCAAACAUGGAGGCAAUUCAGACAUAUAAUUGCUAGUUUAAAAAGGAUUACUGAAUGUGUUUAAAUAACUUUUAGAAGGGGAUGACACACAAACUAUGACUGUGGUUCUGGAGGCUCUAUUAAAUGUCUUAAAGAGGGGUGAUUAAGAUUUUAAAGAUGAUAAUUAUUACUUGACCUAAUUGGAAUAAAUGGGAGUCAUUUCAAAGAUUGAAAUAUUACAAAAACAUUAGAAUUAGAGUGUUUAUCAAAAAUGUUUUAGCAUUUUGGAAUAAUAUUAUGAAGCUGAAUCCGAAUUAUGAUAUAUAUGUUAAAAUAAUUAAUAUAGAUUUAUUAAUUAAAUUAUAAA